CCCAUAAAGUUACGGGCUCGUAUCGAAGAAAACAUGUACACUACUGCGCUGCUUUACCUGGGUAUAUUGUGGAUUGCCUGUGCCUAUGGCCAACUUCCACAGUGCCAACAAGGCGCGCCCGAAGGCUAUGAGCCCAUACCGGACAUUGAGAGGCGCGGUGUAAAUAUUCUGAACACGGGGAAUCCAAUCUGUGACGACGAUCUGACAGACGGAUGGUACCGGAUUGACGAGGAUUUAGUGGUGGGCAAGGUGGAAACAAACCUAUGUGGGACUUUUGCCACAGCAUAUCUUGAAGACCCAACACCCGAAACCUUCGAGGAAACACAGGAACUCAAGGCAUGUCGGAAUCUUGGUUUUGGUGAUGACUGUGAUGUAAGCUUUAAGAUAAAUGUGACAAACUGUGGACAGUUCCGGGUAUAUUUCCUGAUAUCAUUGGAAUGUCCAAGUGCCUACUGCAUUAACGCCAAUACUACAGGUGUGGCCAACGUAACAGCAUCAUUCAAUGAUGAAAAUAUUACUGUUACCACUGAAAUGCCGACGACGACGGAUGCUGAUACAACGGCCACAACGGCUGACUCAACAACGACGGAUGCUGACACAACGGCCACAACGGCUGACUCAACAACGACGGAUGCUGACAUAACGGCCACAACGGCUGACUCAACAACGACGGAUGCUGACACAACGGCCACAACGGCUGACUCAACAACGACGGAUGCUUACACAACAAUGCCGACCAACAGCAGCUGUUUAGCGAGUGAGUUUCGUCCGUGGGUGAUCGGUUUUGACGGCGGGCCUUUCUGUGACAUGAACGGAGGAGCAGACUGCUACCGGCCAGUGGUUCACCUGUUGUCGACUAGCCCUGUGCAGGACAGUUCUGAAUUAAUGUGCAGAUUUAGGGAAGUUUUGAUUGACGAUGCUGGGCCACUACAGACUGACAGAGAAACGACAGCACCGGCUAUACACGUGGACUGUCACACAGUCAUAUGUCCCAUUCCACGUGCUAUGAUGGAGGCAGCAGAAGGUCCUUACAUUACCGCCUGGUUCGUGGCUGUUAGCAACCAGAAUGAACUGUAUGGAAAAGAGAUGCUGUAUUUCCCAUUUGACAGCCGGUGUAUUUCGUGCGAGUUCUCUCCAGAGGAUAUCCCUAUGUGUCACAUCAAUAGUUCACACUGCUAUAUAAAUGGGGAAUGCUGGCUUGAUGAUGAGGUUAAUCCGGACAACUCUUGUGGACUCUGCAACGUUAGUGCAUCCACGUCUAAGUGGUCUCCAGCAGGUGAUACCGUGUGUAUGGUCAAUGGCACGUGCUAUGCCCACGGGGCGAUGGCCAACUGGACAACGUGUAAAGUAUGCAACACUGAUUUAUCUACAACGUCCUUCUCAGCGGCCGACGGAUACUGUCUUAUUAAUGACGAGUGUUUCGCUAACAUGGAAAGGGACCCAGUGGACGAAUGUCAAUUGUGUGACACUGACCGGUCCACUAAUGCCUUUGUAGCCGCUCCUGACGUGUGCAAUAUCAACGGGAACUGUGUCGCAGAAAAUACCUUGAAUACGGAUAGUCCGUGUCAGAUUUGUGAUCCCAACAGAAGCCAAUCGUCAUUUUCGCAACGGCAAUUUAUACUUCGAAACGGUAACUACAUUUCCUGCGCUGACCUCUGCAUGUUACUGACACACACUGACAGCCUUUUUGAUAGCAUUUGUGUUGUGGGUAUGGCCUAUGCUGCUGACUUCCUGAGACAGGCGUGUGCACUGAAGAAUACGAGUGAUCUGAAUGAGGCGCCAUGUGUUUCACAGGGACCUUCCAUUACUCGUUACCAGAACAUUUGUAUUCACUAUCCCAGUGACAUAAACGCCGCGCUCAGAGCUGCAUGUAACUAAAUGAGGCACUAAGUGAGCGUACAGACGUAACUGUCGUCUCCUUGUAUGUCUGUACAUUAUAGCAUAAUUUCAUUGACAUAAUUUUAGAUGUGUUUAAUUCUUAUUCUAAUGAAUAAAUGACAUCGCAUCACU